CUCUCCAAACUGGCAAAUGAGAGGAGGAAUUAAGAAGGGGAAAGGGUUAUUAGAAUGCAAAGUUUUUAUUUUUGGAAAAAGAGGAGAAGCUGCAGGCUUUAGGUGAAUGAGAAGAAAGGUGCGCUCCUGGACCAAACCUCUGAAGUUUUGCGUUCUUGUCUUUAAAUUGGUUUGUUACUUGCAGGUCAUGGCAUUUGUGGAUACUGUAAUAUCCUCAGCGGGGUUCAACCACUUGCAGGAUGUACAAUCUGAACUUAUCCAGUGGUGGAAGCAGGAGGAUUCCUUAGGCCAUUCAUCUCGGGGGCUCUUAGAUGUGCCCCAGCCUGAGGGGGUUCAGCAGAUGAAGCAAGAAUAUGAAGCCUACUGGGAUGUUGACUUCCUCAUGAGAAACUUCUCUGCCUCGGAGCCAACCACCUCUAGUGCUACUUGGGUUGGCCAAGAGGAACAACCUGCAGUGUCCACUGCCUGCCUGCCAGUAACCACUGAGGAGGGAAUGAGAGGCAGGCUACCCAAAACCAACAGAGGGGUGCCUGAUGCUCCUUGGGCACCAGGGUUUGACACCAAACUCCAACCAGGAGAUAGCUCUGUGAACCAUGUUCCUCCUGCUCAUCACGGCUAUGCCCAGAAUGUGGUGGAUCCAAAUAAGAGCCUAGCAUUGUCCAGUGAUCAUCUGCAGCACUUCCUUGCCCAGGCAGAUUUUGGGGCUUUUGCUCCCACAGUACAACACCACGGAGAGCCAAAACAGAGAGUUCAUGGGCAGUACUACCAGCUGACCUAUGUACACCCAGGUCCCUCUUUGCAGAGCAAACAUGGAUCUCACAGUCAGCUUCCACCGGCGCAAUCCCAGCUGCCGCACUGCAGUCUGCUGAGCAGCAGUUUCCCUACCUACCCUGGCCACUACCAAGCCUCAUUCCAGCUUUGCCAGAGAGAUGCAGCUGUGUCUACUACAUCUUCCCUUUACAGCACCCUGACGCCUCCCUUGCCUGCCAAGGAAGCCGCAGACAAGCCUAAGAAAGGACACAAGACUUCAUCGCGUAAGCAGCCUGCCAGCCACAUCUGCAAUUAUCCCAACUGUGGGAAAACUUACACCAAGAGCUCCCACCUCAAGGCCCAUCUUCGCACUCACACAGGUGAGAAGCCAUACCCCUGCCUGUAUGAAGGGUGUGCUUGGAAAUUUGCCCGCUCCGAUGAGCUUACUCGCCAUUAUCGCAAGCACACUGGGCAACGCCCAUUCAAGUGUCAGGUCUGCCUGCGCACUUUCUCCCGUUCGGAUCACCUCUCCCUCCAUGUGAAGAAACACGUGUAACUGAUGCCCAAACCCUGGACUGCAGUGGACAUUCUGGGCCAACAGGAGGUCUUGAAGAAGAGGGUGGUAGGGGUGGGUCGUUGGGUAACUGCAGGUGUAAGCCUUUCUCUCCUUGUAGCCCCUUGUCCUUCACAAGUGCUGUUUUCUGCAUCUGUGGUAGGGAACUAAUUAGGCCUUGCAAGGGUCUUAAUCUGGCCAGCUAGGCCACUUCCCCCUAAACUAUGGCCAUCUCAAUGGUGUGGCAAUUAAAGACAUGGCUGGGAUUGGCUGCACUAGAGUGUUCUGGUGCAGCUGCUCUCUGUGCUGAUCCAGGCUGUAACUGGAUCAAGUCUGCCACUGUUCUAUAUAUGUAUUAAUUUCUAUGAAAUAAAGCCAAGCCAUUGCAGAAUGAUUGGGGUAACAACUCAUCUAUCUCAGAGGUGAGUAUUUUGUGGCCCUUCAGACCUUGUUUGGCUAACGUUCCCAUCAUACCAUUGCUUGUUCUGGUUUAUGGGGACAUUGCUUGUUCCUUGGUCAUGGGGAAUAGAAUCUUCUCCCUGUAUUUUGCUUUUCUGACCCAGUCGUCAUCCAUGCAGACCAAUGUCUUCAGUCCCCCCAGAAUGUUCCUGUAGCUAUGGCUUGCUUACAUAUGUUGAGUUGGCAUCCGAGGGAUGUGGGCACCCUGAGGCAACUGCGUCCUGCAGGUUCUCUAACUGUAUAAAGGGAAAGUGGAGUAAUAGUACCAUCCAGGGGCAAAAGCCUACAGCUUUCUUUAUUAAAAUGAAUUGGCU